CAAGUUGGUCCAAACAAUUAAUUUAUUAAAUUGGGGAACUCUUAAUGUGACCAAAGAAACAGUGAUUCAAUUACACAAACAAACCCCUUUCUCUGCAAUUCACGAUGGGAACACCGACCACCGGCGCCGGCGGCGACGUGGAAGCCGGAUUCGCGAAACUCCAAGGCGAAGAUUUCGAAUACUACAUGCAAACCUACAGCAUAAUCCUCGGCCGCAACUCCAAGAAAUCCACCGUCGACGUCGACCUAUCAAGUCUCGGCGGAGGAAUGAACAUCUCCCGUCAUCAUGCUCGUAUCUUCUACGACUUUGCUCGUCGUCGUUUCGCUCUGGAAGUUUUGGGAAAAAACGGUUGUUUAGUUGAAGGUGUUCUUCAUUUACCUGGUAACGCUCCUGUCAAGCUUGAUUCUCAGGAUCUUCUUCAGAUCGGUGAUAAGGAGUUUUACUUUCUGCUUCCUGUGAGGAGUAUUCUUGGUGGGGCCGGUGCUCGGCGUAAUGUUGCUACUCCUGCUGCUGUUGCUCCUUCUGCUGCUGUGCCGCAUUAUAGUUAUGGACAUCUGCCUGCUGGGGCUGGUGCUGGUGCCGGUGCCGGUGCGAUGGUGAAGAAAGGGAGGAGGGAGUAUUAUGAGGAGGAGUAUGAGAUGGAUGAUGAUGUUGAUGUUGGUGGGGGGAGUAGUGGGAAGAAGGUGAGUAGAAGGGAGGGUUAUGAUGGUUAUGGGUAUGGUGGUUCUGGAGGCAAGGCUUCAAUGCCGGGACCAAUUGAUAAGAAGGCAGAAGGAAGAUCCCGUGUAGAUCGUGAUGCUGAUAAUCUUCAGCUUCAACAACUGGAAGAGAAGGACGUAGUAUCAUCCGUAGCUAAUGUCCUCUCUGACCUUUGUGGUCCUGGAGAGUGGAUGCCUAUGGAGAAACUUCAUGCUGUGUUGCUGGAUAAGUAUAGCGGUGUUUGGCACCACGGUAGAGUAAGGAGGUAUCUCACAUCAGAGGAAUGGUCUUGUCCAGAAUCCAAAGGGAAGCCUUGGUAUGGCUUACUUAUGCUACUAAGGAAAUACCCGGAACAUUUUGUCAUCAACACAAGGUCCAAGGGACGUGUCACCCUGGAGUUUGUUUCUCUUGUCUCACUUCUCUCGUGAACUUGGUGCUAUCUUCUAAAAGUAAUGAUAACUUCGGUAGUCUGUGAAUUUUACAGAAUUAUGGUAUCUGGUGGUCAAACAUCAGAUCUGUAUAAAUUUGCACCUUGCUUUUUUUUUUCGUUAGGUAAAGACUUGGUUACUUUUUGCAAAUGUUCGGAGAAAAUACAUCCAUUUUGGGCAAUUGGUAAGAUUUCUGAGAGCAAAAGAAACGAUAAUGUGUUAUUGAUAGACUAAAAACCUGAUUGAAUCAAUUGCUGUGAUGGGGAGUCCAUAACUUGUUUGAUGAGUAACCUGUUCAAUGCGUACAAUUGGAAGUAGUUAACUGGUGAUAAAUUAGCCGAAACAUUACAAAAUUGGCUAAAUGAUGAAAUCAAUGGCACAUUAGGUUGAAUUAAA